GCGUCCACGACAACAGGACCGCCGGCGGCCAUCUCGAGCCGUCGUUCAGCCGAGCCCGAGAGUCGAACAGCACAAAGCCACGAGCUCGCGCCGAUUGACGGCGGAAUCGCGGCUUGGAGGCUCCUAGGCACUGCUUUUGUCUUUGAGACAUUACUUUGGGGCUUUCCACUAUCAUUUGGUGUCUUUCAGGACUACUACUCCAGGAUCCCAGAAUUCGCCAAUAACCCUUAUAUCGGCGUGGUCGGCACAAUCGCGUCCGGGCUGGGCUACCUUGGCGCGCCCCUUGUCAUGCCGUUCAUCCAACGCCACCAGCGCUGGCGUCGACAAAUGAUCUGGGUUGGUUGGCCGAUAUGUAUUGGAGGCCUUGUGGCAGGCUCAUUCGCCACGACUCUCGAGGCCCUCAUCCUGACCCAGGGUGUGGCGUACGGCCUCGGGUUCCUGAUCUUGUACUAUCCCAUCCUGAUCAUGGUCAACGAGUACUGGAUCGCGCGCCGGGGCAUGGCCUACGGCGUCCUCUGUGGCGCGUCAGGUGUAUCAGGGGCGGUCAUGCCCUUCAUGAUCCAGGCCUUGCUGGCGAAAUACGGCUACCAGACCACUCUCCGUGCCGUAGCCGUGGGCUUGGCCAUUGUCACCGGGCCAUUGAUCCCUUUUUUAGAUGGCCGCUUGCCACCCUCGCACCAUGCAAUCUCGCCGAAAAUCAACUGGUCCUUCUUGAAAAAUCCAUUGUUCUGGUUCUACUCUAUAUCGAACCUGUUUCAAGGGUUCGGUUACUUUUUCCCCUCGCUGUACUUACCCUCCACUGCAACCUCGCUCGAGCUCGGUGAGAGAUCGGGCGCCAUCCUUCUUGCUACGAUGAGCGUCUCACAAGUCGGCGGGCAGUUCGUCUUCGGCUACCUCUCAGAUGGGAAGGUCCCGCUCGCCAUCCUGGCCUGUACAUCGACACUCGUGGCGGCGGUCACGUCACUGACCAUGUGGCGAGUCGCUGACUCGUUGUCGUUGCUGCUCGGGUUCGCAGUGCUGUAUGGGUUCUUCAGUGCCGGGUUCACCGCGAUUUGGGGCCGGAUGAGCACAGCCGUGACUGACGACGUCGUUGCCGGCCCGGUCGUCUUUGCGCUGCUUAACUUCGGCAAGGGCGUGGGCAAUGUCCUCGCCGGCCCUAUUGGCGGCUUGUUGGUCCGGCAAAGCAGUGUAACACAGCACCAUGGGACGUCGCUGAGCACAUCGUCGUACCGCUGGAUCAUUAUUUUCACGGGGGUCUGCAUGUUCGCGAGUACUUUGACAAUUGCGUCGCGGGACCUGAAUAGAUGGAUGCAGAAAAUAACUAGGCUAGGACGCGAUAAUUGAAGACCGAAUUGCCUUCUGCCGGACCAUCCAUCGCAGGACCACUCUUGUACUCCAACAGCUAUGGAUCGGCCUGGCUCUCCAUAUGCCAAUAGUCAUUUCGAUCUUGUCGCG